CAGGUUCUGGGCUAUUUUUUGGAAUCAUUAACGAAUCAGUGUCGAGAACCUUAUCGGCUGGGAGUUAGUGUUCAUUUCCAAAAGCUGUCUGGAACGAGAAACUACAUAUAUUUAUAAAUAUUAUCUCUCAGACAUAAAUAUAAGAAAAGAAACCAAACCGAGAAGCAUGGAUCUGCAGAAAUCAUUGGUCUGGUUCUUUAACCUUCCAUCGGUGCGAUAUAUGCAAAUCUUCAUCGUGGUAAUGGGUGAUCUGUUAACCCUGUCUAAUCUCCUGCCCAAGCACUCCAUGUACAUCUCCCGUCCGUUCCUGGUGUGGCAUCACUUUGAUGCCGAUGAUCCGGACUCUGAUUGGGUCGACAAGGACGACCAGGAUGAAGAGCCCGAAGUGGCGAUGGGUUACUAUCUCACAGAUGAUAAGGAUAGCUGUGAAUCGGAUUGAGGUUCUGUUGUAUAUAUUUGUACAUUCGCGUGGGAGACGAUGUUGUUUUUUUUAUUGCCAAAGAUUUGACCAGCCUAACCUUGAGUUUCAAUGCCAAUGCCAAGUGCCAGUGCCAGGCCCAUGACGUCACUUGUAUCUGUAUCUGUAUCUGGGUGCAGUUGUGUGCCUAAGGACCCAGAAAGCCCAAUACCCAAAGCCCCGUGUGCCUCUUCAAAUGCCUGGCCAAAUUAACUCGACUCCUCAUUAAAGCCAAAAAAUUCGAAAGUUUCGACCGACGUUGUCUGGAAAUAAACGUCAAUUUAAACGAAA